ACGUGUAGUGUUUUUCUGUAGUGUUCAGUUGGAGGGGACGAGUGCUUGGUCUACAUUUUAGCGCUGCAUCAUCAGGACUGACGUGGGGACUACGUGGCUCGAGCCAUCCACUCCUACCAUAAUUAGUGACGAGUCUGACUACGUAAUUUAUAACUUUGUCCGAUGACCAUGGACACAGAGGUUGCGUCGUCAAAGCAGGAGGGACGUUUUGAUGACUCUCUGUCUGAUGAGGAUCCAAGUCAGAGUGAAUCCAACUCACCCACUGCAGUAAUCACUCAGGUUUCAGGAACAGGAGACUCCGCUGGCAUGACAGUGGUGCAGUUACCUAGUGGGCAGACACUUCAUGUUCAGGGUGUCAUCCAGGCUCCUCAGGCCUCUGUCAUCCAGUCACCACAGAUGCAGAAUGUACAGAUAACCUCCAUAGCUGGGCUUGAAGAUGGGGAGUCAACAGCCGCAGACACACAGAAAAGAAGAGAGAUUCUCUCAAGACGCCCAUCUUAUCGAAAAAUCCUCAAUGAGCUAUCAUCAGAUUCCUCCUCAAUUCCAAGAAUCGAGGAAGAGAAACCCGAAGAUGAGGUUCCAUCCUCCAGUGUGCCUGCAGUUCAAGUGCCAACUUCAAUCUAUCAGACCAGCAGCGGCCAAUACAUUGCCAUCACCCAGGGGGGAGCCAUCCAGAUAACCAGUCCAGGCAGUGAGGGUCUGCAGGGCGUACAGACUCUGGCCAUGUCCAACGCUGGUACACCCCAGAUCCUGCAGUAUGCAACCCAGGCAGGGGACUCAGGACAGCAGUUCUUCUCUGUACAAGGUGGCCAGGUGGUGAUACAAGCUGCCACUGGAGAUAUGCCCGCAUACCAGCUCCGUUCGCCCACCUCGUCGGGCCUGCCCCAGGGUCUGGUGAUGGCUGCGUCCCCAGGCUCCCUGUCCAUGCACAAUCCCCCGGUGCACACUGAGGAGGUAACACGCAAAAGGGAGGUCCGCCUCAUGAAGAACAGGGAGGCUGCAAGGGAGUGCCGCAAGAAAAAGAAAGAGUAUGUCAAGUGUCUGGAGAACCGUGUGGCCGUGCUGGAAAACCAAAACAAGACCCUCAUUGAGGAACUCAAAGCACUAAAGGACAUUUACUGCCACAAGAAUGAGUAGCUGCUCUCAGCCUUGUGCCAGGAGAGAGAGAGAUCCUACUGAGAAUGCAGAGAGUGGAGUUUACAGAUUGACUGCUGUAAAAAAAACACUCUGGGACGAAAACUACUUUCACUGUCUUUGUUUCUCGUUUACUCCGCUUGUUUGGGCCCAGUCAAUUUGAUGCUGCACCGGAGGUUGUUAGGUGGCCGUAGGCUUGUGCUCUCCGGGCUGAAGUCAAGUCCUGCUCCGGACAGGACCCAUGUCUGUCCUUGCGCUUGUAUGUGAAUACACAAGUGACGCCCAGCCGCGUUUGCUUCUGCUGUUUGCAGGGAGGCAGCCAAUGAGAUUCUAGCCUGCAGAGGAAGAGGAAGUAGAUAUGCUUCCUGAAGGCACACCGCCUCACCACCACUGGCUCACCGCAUUUGAGAAGCAGAAGCUGCGAAAGAGCCUGACUAUCAGCCAGCAAGUUCACAUUGAGUGCACGCAGACUCACCAGCAAGCCAACCUACCACAGCCGGACUCUGUUUGUGCUGUCAUGCCAACUCCUUGUUACUUUUUUAUCACAUUUGGCUUGACAAUGAAAGCAUUUGAGUUGGCAAGAGUACAACCAGAUCUGGGACCAGGCUAAACCUAUAUAUCUUUACUUGUCACUGCUAGCUACAGUUGUUCUCCUUAUAUUACUGUACUUCUCUGCUCACCUUGGCUGUUGUCAACAUACCUUUGUUAAAUCAGGUGGACCUCUUCUUUCAGGACAGUGUGAUGAGUAAAUACACUUUGCGAAAUUAUUAGAGUUUUGAAAUUCUAUAUUUGUCCUUUUGACUGUCAAUCGGUGUUGUCUAAUGACUUCACGUGUUACCUGAAUCAAUGUGUAAAAUCCAGUGUCGAGGAUGUGAGUAUACACCUUUCACUUGGUCUCUUUUCAAACAACACAGUUCAAUUUAAAAUGUCAAAUUAACGUGGCGUGGCCCUCGGAUGAGUGUAUAUAAAAUAAUUAUAUAUUUCUAGCCAUUGGAGGAAUCUUAUCUCAUCAAGACCAUCUUGAAAUGACUACUGCUUUACCACACAAAAUUGCUACAUUUGAUGUUCACUGAAUCUCUCACCAGUCGUUGUCCCUUUUGUCUGUCUGUCUCGGAACAGUACUGUGCUGUGCCAGUGUACUGUACAAAAGAAGCACUGAAAGUGCUGAUAAGCUGACGUUUGGGUAUUUUGAUACUCGUUAUAAACGUUUUAUGUGAAUUAGUUGAUCAUAACAGAUAAGAUAUGGCCCAAAUGGCCCACUAUUUUCUUUAUAGUGCACUACUUUUGACAUGAGUUCUAUGGGCCCAGGUCAAAAUUAGUGCAGUAAAUAGGUAAUAGUGUGCCAGUUGGCAUGUAAAAAUAGAGUUCAUGACUGAUCUUUUUGAAAGGUAUGUCCAUGAGAGCACAGACCUGACUAUGAUGAUGAUGAUGAUGUAGCUUUGUUUUCUUUCCUCACACCAGUUCUGCUUGCAGUGAUUUUGCAGCCUCCCGCUUGCUUUGAAUUUCCUGAUAACCUUUCUGUUUACAGGUAUAUGUCCUUUGGUAUAUGUCCUUUGGUAUAUGUCCUUUGGUAUAUGUCCUUUUUAUGUUUGUUGUCAGGCCAGUGGUUAUACAAUUCAGGUGAGAUGUAAAAUAAAUUUGAUCUCAGUAAAUGUUUUGGAUAGCAUUGAAAAGUAUGUCAAACAGGUUGGCUCUUAAAAACAGAUGUUCACCUCAUGUGUAUUGAUCCCUCUUAUGUUUGAAUAUUGUCAAAAUAUACUAUUUCUAAUAAAAAUGUCCAUACCACA